CGCCACACAUGUUGGUGGGAGGGCGUGGCCAUCAAAAAUGCUGGUGGAGAAGGCGCCUAUCAGCGGCGGAGGAGGGGGAGGCGUGGCCUCGGAGUGCGGCGAGGAGGAGGAGCUGGAGUGCGGCAUCUGCUGCAUGCCUUACGACCGCUGCGGCCGCGCGCCCCGCCGCCUCGGGGCCGCGCACGGCUCGUGGAAGCCCUCGCGCUGCCGCCACGUGAUGUGCAGCGCGUGCGUGUGCCGGCUGGCGCGCGAGGGCUGGUGGGAGGAGGUCACGUGCCCCUACUGCCGGGCCGUCACUCCGCUCCGCGAGCGAGGCAACCCUCUGGUGGCCGGCGUCAGGCGAGGCAGCGGCGGGGCCAGGAGGCGCCUCGUCCUGCCGCCCAUCGACGCCGAGCUCUGGCACCGCGUCGUCCGCCUCCAGGAGGGGAAAGACGGCGCGGAGGCAGAGGCAGCGGAGACGAAGGACGAAGAGGAGGAGGAAGACGAGGAAGGACAGCAAUGGCGGCUGUGGCGAGCCUUCAAGCGCCUCCUCAAGGGCGAAGGGAGCGCUGCGCAUGCGCGGAGCCGGAGGAGGGGGCGUGGCCGCAGCAACUCGCUCCCCAUUGGACGGCGGCGGAUGCCCGUCAACCGUGAGUGGCCCUCCCUCGCCCUCUCCCUCCCCGCCUUCUUACGGCUCUGAAAUGAAGGACUUGGCUCUCAUGACUUGUUACAUCAUAUGAAAGAACGUGGAAGGCUUGAAUCAACAACGCUUAUGACCUGCGCCUUCGGGAGAAUGUAACCUGCUUGGCAUUUACAAGCUUUGGGGAAGCUGGCCCUUGGCGACACCCAGAGCAUUCUUUCCCCACAACAUGUGCAGGAUGAUGGAGGCUGAUGAAACUCCUGCCCUGGUUAUUGCCCAUGAAAGCACUUUGCUGCCCUUGGAGUCGCUGUUCUUUAGCCCACAGGCUCAGAGGCUGCAGAUACGUGGCCCAAGAAUCUCUUUCCUGCCCUGAUCCAUCCCAUCUGCCAUGUGAAAUGCAGCACAAGAAGGGAGAGGGAACGGAAAGAUUUAACGUGUCGUGUCCAGUCAUACAAGAUGCUACUUGGUUUCUCUUCCAAGCAGAAUUGGGAGUAUUUCAGUGGCCUCUUUGCAGACCGUUUGUCGUGUCUGUGUCUGUGUCUAGUUUUGCCCCUAUUGAACAUCUCUGUUACCUGUUCAUAAACAUAUGGGAAAGCGUCAAAAAGCACCUUCUCAUGCCCAUCCUGGUAAAAAUAGAGACAGAUGUGAUAUGAUUUGUAUGUUUGAACCAAGUGAACUUUUGUUUCUGAUUGUAAAAUCAUUAUUUUUAUUAUUUUUAUUUUUGAUACAAGACAUUCCUUGUUUUGGGGAGGAAACAGAUAGGAAGAGGUAGAUCAUCCUUGAGUUCCCAUUUGUGUGUCUAAUCCUGCCUUCGUUACUUCACCCUUGGAGGGAAAUAAUGUUUUCCCUCUGCAUUCAGAAAACAUAAAACUUGGGACAAUGGGAUGCCUCACACCUUCCUUCCAUCUAGAAAGCCAUUGAAAGCAUCAGGGGAGAGCCAGUUCCUGCCCAGAUGGGGUUAUUGUCUCAGAGGCAUACACAUUUUGCCUCAUUUGACUAUAAAUUGGGUGCAGCAGGCAGAGAUGAGGAAUGCUUUAUUGCUAACCUGCAGAGGCCUCUUGCCAGACAGCUCCUUGGGACUGGCGUUCUAGUCUGCUGGAUGGCUUGGUUUCAGACACAUAAGGGAAUUUGUUAUCUUUUAUGAGAUUACCAAGAUGGCUUUUUCUUUAUCUGCAUUUGCUACAAACUAGAGAACAGAUUUUACAGGUUUUCCCUCAUUUCAGAAUUUCACAUGCAAAUAGUAAAGACACACACUUGGACCUUCAUACCUAAGAGUUUUAAAUGAUGGUUGUUCUUUUGAUAAGAAGCAUUUCUGUGAAAUGUAUUUGACCAGUUUCUGCUCAGAUUUCUUAUUUUGGUAAUUGUAACUUAUUUAAUUUUAAUAAAAACCUGAGAUUUGGAA